CCCUUUGAACGUAACCUUAGACGCAUAACAGUGUGCUUUCAACAGGGAAAUGAUAUCAGCAGUACAGCGUAUAUAAUUUUUAAGUUGAGCUUUUAAUGAUGCCAGUUAUGAGAUGAGUAAUAAAUUCAACCACAUAAUAGUGGUUGAAACACGACAAUAAUAAAAGCCUCCAAAAUAGAAGAAUGUAGACACCACGAGUCAUAAUAAUGAUCAAGAUGUUACAAUUAUUGUUUACAUAUAAAAAUAUCUCUUCAUAUCCAAAUGCCUAAGUGAUGUUUUGUUCCUUUUAUGUGAAUCAUUAGGUGUUCCUUACUAAGUGCAUAGUUAUUUACCACUAACUUAGUGUUUUAGUCUUUGAAGUAUUCACAAAGAAGUAGAAUGAGUCACACAAGUGAACAGAAUCCCCUUUCUCAACCCUUAAGGGUAGAAACUGACGACAGUGUUCAUCCUGAUAGCAACAAUUACUUUGAGGAGGAGAAGGACAACUUCAGUCAAACAAAUGAUAAUGAUGACACUGACUCUUUAGGGCCACUUCCUGCCAAGUGGGAAAAAGCCUAUACUGAAAGCGGGGAGGUGUAUUUCAUCGAUCACUCGACUGGAACUUCACACUGGUUGGAUCCGAGAUUAUCCAAGUUCCAGAAAAAGACUUUGGAAGACUGCAUGGAUGAUGAAUUGCCUUACGGUUGGGAAAAAAUUAGUGACCCUCAUUAUGGCACUUAUUUUAUUGACCACGUCAACCGACGUACUCAGUACGAAAACCCUGUGAUACAAGCCAAAAGAGCAGCUUCACAAGCCUCCGCAAGAGCCAGUAGGACUUCGUUUACUAAGGAUCCGUCUGAAUUAUGUGGACAACGUUUUAAGACAUCUCUUGUGAAAUCGUCACGUGGAUUAGGUUUUACAAUUGUUGGAGGAGAUGAUGGUGUGGAUGAAUUCUUACAAAUUAAAUCGGUAGUUCCAAAAGGCCCCGCUUGGCUAGAUGGUCAACUUCAAACUGGUGAUGUAAUCGUAUACGUGAAUGACACUUGCGUAUUAGGAUACACUCAUAACCAGAUAGUGAGGUUAUUUCAAUCGAUUAGUGUAGGUUCAACCGUUUCUCUAGAAGUAUGCAGAGGAUAUCCUUUACCUUUCGAUCCAAAUGAUCCUAACACAGAAGUGGUAACUACAAUAGCUGUCGAUGGUCAUUUACAACCAAUAUCAAAUGAUAAGAGGUUGUUAGAUACUAAUUAUAAUUUUUUGGACGGUGAUGACCUUUCCAGAAGUGUAGAAAAUGUCUUGGACCAAAACGAUGAAAUAGAUGAUUUACUGAAAGGAAUAAGUAACCUUACUUUAGGAAAAGUAGAAGUAAGAGUUCGGAUAGUGAAAGGAAACCUAGGUUUUGGUUUUACGAUAGCAGAUAGUGCCUGCGGUCAAAGAGUUAAGAAGAUAUUAGACCGUCAGCGGUGUAAAAAUUUAUUGGAAGGGGACAUCCUUCUGGAAAUUAAUGAUAUUUCUCUUCAGAAUAUGUCCCACGACGAAGUAGUUCAAGUUCUGAAGAAUUGCCCGUACAACAGCGAAGCCAAUAUAUGUGUGCAGAGGGGUUGUCCCAACAAAACGCCAAAUAUUAGAAAUAAGCCUAGAAAAUUAGACAGCCGCUUCAGCACAAAAGAUAUCGGGGGAGUAUACCGCAGUAAAACACCUACAGCAGAUAUAUACAGCACACAAACUAGAGAAGUACUACCAAGCAGGCCAAAAACACCAUUAGUAGACACAAGAGGUCUUUCUAAAACUCCUAUUAAAGAUAUUAAUUCAAAUUCCAACCACGAAUUAUUUAAACGAGAGUUUUCUAGCGACAAUCUUAAUGCUGAUAGAUCUCGCUUACGUUUAUCUUUAAUAGGAAAUCCAGAAGAGGAAGAAGAUGAAAUAGAUAUCUCGGAGAACCAAAACAAGCCUUCAUACGAUUUACCUCCACCUGUUGAUACAAAGUUUGGAUUGUACAUGCCCAUUCCGCAUAGGUUCGACUGUUCCUGCAUAUAUUGUGCUAACCCUCGACCUAGCGUUUCAGAUGCAACAGAAAGUUACGAUUCCAAUAAUUACAAGAAGUACAAUGGGAACGAUUUGUGGUACCAACCUAGGAAUGUGGAAUAUGUUACAACAGCAGUAACAUUGAUCAGGCAAGAAACUGGUUUUGGAUUUAGAAUUGUAGGCGGAAUAGAAGAUAAAUCUCAAGUUGCAGUAGGUCAUAUUGUAACAGGAGGGGCAGCAGAUAUAGAUGGCAGGAUUCAAUCAGGUGACGAAAUAGUUAGUGUUGAAGGUUUUUCAGUAUUAAAAGCAUCACACCGUCAAGUGGUUCAGUUGAUAAAUGCCGCAGCAGCUAGGGGACAAGUCAACCUUAUUUUACGAAGACGAGUAUAUCCGCCACCGCCUCCAAUAAGUCAGGCUUAUUCUAUCGGAAUAAACAGUUGGUCAACUGAAAACCCACCGCCAAAUCUAGGACUUACCCCUUUAGUCGUGACCAGCCCACACGCUGGACCAACUUAUGACGUUACAGUGCAGAGAACUGAAAAUGAAGGAUUUGGAUUUGUUAUCAUAUCAUCUGUCAAUAAAAUUGGAUCCACUAUUGGACGUUUAAUCGAAGAUAGUCCAGCGGAGCGAUGUGGCAGACUUCGAGUUGGAGAUUAUAUUGUAGCAGUAAAUCAUAUAGAUAUAAUGCACUUAAGUCAUGGAGACAUUGUGAAUUUAAUCAAAGAAUCUGGUUUAUCUGUAACUUUAACGAUAGCUCCAAACCCAGAUCUGUGAUUAAUUCUUCAGCUUUAAUUUCAGGAUAUAUAUUAUAAGAGUUCAGUAUGACAUUAGCGAGAUAAUUAAAAAGAAAUUUUCAAUUAGAUUUCUCCUAAAAUUUUAUUGGUUAAAAUAAAAAAUAUACUAUUGGUGAGAUACUAAUUUUUUUUACAGUUCUAUUGUGAUAUACGAAUCUCACUGCCUCAAAUAUCAAAAAUUGUUUACCUUUUUUAAAUAAAAGUUAAUUGUUAUAUUUAUAAAAAGAAAUUACUUGUGAUUAAUCGAAUUUAAAUUUGUUACAAAUAAAUAAUUGCAUUGUUACAUUAAAAGAACUGUUAAAAUUUAAUGCUUAAACUAUGUGGUUUUGCAAAGAUGCAAACUUCAACAGUGUCUAGGUUAGCUCAAUGUUUGUUCUGAAAAAACUAAACAAAAUUUGAUCUACCCUUCAAUUUUAUUUUAGUAUAGAAAUGGAUAGGAAUGUUUUUCUUUAAAAACUUCAUGCAGAAGAUUUUCAAAACACAAAUUUUGAAUAAGAAGACUACUCUUACAUUUCUGCCACUAAUAAUAUUAAUUAUUAUUGUAUAAAAUUUCAUAAAAGUAAAAUACACAUAUAACAGAAAAGCCUCAAGUUUAGUAUUUUUUUAGUAGGACACAGUGUCGUAGCUAAGGUCAUGAGCGCCCAGGGCAAGUUUUGAAUUUUGUGUCCCCCAAAACUUAUUUUGUAGGAAAAGAAACAAUACAAUAAUUUGAAAGUGUAAUUUAAGUCAUACAUUUAAGCAGGCUGCAGGUCUGCGAUUGCGCUCCCUUCAGGUACCCGGUACCCUUUACGUCCCUGGCAUCCAGCCCCUAACUACGACGCUGAUCAAAAUACAUAAAAAUUAUAUUUUAUAGUGCUCAUAAAUAGAGUUCGGGAUUUUCGUCGGCUAGUCAUAGGCGUGUUCCGCGUAAACAAAUAAAUAAACGGGUAGGUAUAAAUAAAAAUAAAAGUUUUCGUACCUUAUCAGCGAAACGUCGUUUUUUACCCCUUGGUGCAUUCGACAUUAUUAGAAUAUUAAAACACGUACACACGAAGCAAACGUGAAGCCAGUAACUGCCGUUAUUACUGGUUUCAUAAGAUGCACCGUAGCAAAAGGCCACGGCAACGUAAUGAUCAUCCGAUCGAGUCCCGAACUCUACUCAUAAAUUAUGAAUCUAUUGUAUUGGAUUUUUAUUGGGUUUGUAAGAUUUGUCUUAUAAAAAAGGACAAUAGUAGAAUUAUAAAUGAAUAUAACAUUUUGCUAUAUAAAGUUAUCCAGGUGUAAUGGACUACUUUAAAUGCCAGUGUUUGCAUUAAAGAGAUCUUAAAUGAUAUAAACGUGUUAUUAACUUGAAUAUUGAACAAAUUAUUUUAAUAUACAAUAAUUAUAAUCUGUAAAAAAAAAAUGUAUUAAUCAGACUGAAAUUAACCGACUGAAUUUCUUGAAAUAAUCACAAGAAUUAUUUUAAGUGUUAAAAGGUUACACCUUUUGUGUCGCUGAUGAUUUUAUUAAAUAACAGUAUAUUAGAAUAGCCCUGGAAAUUCUCAAAACAGUAAAAGAAAAACAUUUUUGUAGUAAUGUGUAUAAUCGAAUUAUUUUGGUAAUCUUAUGUUAUUUUGGAAAUUCGCAAGCACCACAAAAAAAAUAUCAUUCAAUAAUGUCAUAAUUUAUAUGGUUUACUGCAUGUGUUUACUUGUAAUUUACAUUUCUAGCAACCAUCUGUACUCAUUACACAUCAUAAUAAUAACAAUAAAUGUGUUAUUAUUCUAUGCGUAUGUGCUUGCCGAUGCGAUUAUCAACCUAUUCAAGUUAGAUUACCAAAAUUCCUUUGCCAUUUGGAAUAUGAUUAUUUAUAACAUCACUACAUUUUAACUUUUGUUUUUCAAAUAUUAAAUGUUAUCAAACAUUUAUUUUUUUUGCUUAGGUUGGUGUAGCUCUGUAAAUUAGCCAUUAAUAAUUUUUACACUUAUGUAACCAUAUUAUUUAUUAUUAAUCUCAUAUCUACUUAUAUUUCUUUGUAUUAUAUAUUAUUUAAUACAGUUUGACGUUACCUCUUUUUUUUUAAUGUAAUUAAAAUAUAUUUAUAUGUAUAAUUAAUGUAGUCUCUAAUUAUUGUUUUGCAAUAUCUUUUAUGCCACAUUUUGUAUUAUCAUCAAAAUAAUGCCGAAAACACUCGAUGCAAAAGAAAAUUCAAAGUGAUGUUUAUGUAACACCUGCAAUAUACAAUUUUACCAAAUAUAAAAUUUAAAACGUUUAUCAUCUUCUGGUUUGCGGUACUGGUAGCUUCUUCAGGCAUUACAAUUAUAGAAUUGUAUUCGAGAGGUUUCCAAGAAAUAUUUUUUUAAGGACUACGGACAUCAAAACAUAUGUUGAUACGUGUAAUUCCGGCCAGCAUUUGAUGAAAUUUUGCUAGACUGAUUAUUGUAAUUUUUUUGUAUAUAUUUAUAUG